AUGGCAGAGGCUAUUGUGUCCUUAGCUGUUGAAAGAAUUUCAGAAUUACUCAUCCGUGAAGCAGUUUUCCUCAAAGAUGUCAAGGAAGAAGUUGAGAGCCUAAACACUGAACUAAAACGAAUGCAGUGUUUCUUGGAGGACGUUGAUGGGAAGGCGGAACAAGACACGCGUCUCCGUAAUCGGGUAUCCGAAAUCAGAGAUCUUGCUUACGAUGCUGAAGAUGUUAUCGACUCCUUCAUCCUUGAACGUGCACGUCAAGGAGGCUUUCAAGGAAUCGUCAAGAGAUUCACCUUCAUUUGCACCAAACCUUGGCAUUUGCACAAAAUCGGGGUGCAGGUCAAAGCAAUCCAGACCAAGCUCCAAAACAUUUCCAAGAAUCUUCCAGCUUAUGAGAUAUCCCGUGAUGGAGAAGGUUCUAGCUCAGUUUUCAACGUGCAGCGACAGUUAAGAAGGACAUACUCACAUGUCGAGGAAGAGGACGUUGUUAGCUUGGAGGUUAGCACGAAAGAUGUCAUUACCAAGUUGAUGACUGAAGAAGAUAGACCCCACGCCGUGGUUUCCAUAGUCGGCAUGGGGGCCUCGGUAAGACUACUCUUGCCAGAAAAGUAUAUAAUCAUGUUGAUGUGAGACGCCA